AUGAUUGCCAAAGAUGAGCACAAAUUUUUUUUCGGAUUUUUCAGUAAUUGUCCACAAAAAUUUUCUAUUUUGAGUGGUCAUAAAAAAUUUUUGAGAAUACUAAGAAACUAUUAUCAAACUAAAUUUUCUGAUAAUGUUGUGAACUCGAGUGGAAACCACAUUCAAGACAAUUCGGAGAAACCUGGUCAAGCUGAUGCGAUUUCUGAAUCAGAAUCUUCGACAACAAUUUCUCAGCAGAGAUUACCUCCUGGAUCACUCAUGAAAAGAAAGUUGACGAAUCUUACAGAAGAAAAUACGACCAUACAAAAAACGAUUACAUCAUGGAUUAAAUCUACGUGUGGUGAGAAACGAUGGGAUCAUUACAAAAACCUCUGCAAUGAAAUUAAAGUAACCUGUGAAAUUAAGGACCACGACUUGAGGGUCACCUCGGGAGUUCCGCAAGGGUCUCAUUUGGGUCCCCUACUCUUCAAUCUUUUUAUACAUGACAUUGGUUCAUGCUUUGAAAACUCACAUCAUUCUAUAUAUGCUGAUGAUCUUAAAAUUUUCAAGUCAAUAUCUACCUUGACAGAUAGCCAACUACUUCAACGUGAUAUAAAUAAUCUACAGAAUUACUGUGUUACCAAUUACUUAUCCUUGAAUGUAAAAAAAUGUCAUUACAUCAGAUUUUCCCGACUGCCUAUCGAAAUCAAUUUUCUUUAUAAUAUUGACAACAAGUCAUUAUCCAAAGUAGAAGUCCUGAAAGACCUAGGUGUGAUGAUCGAUUCAAAACUCACUUUUGAGGCACAUAUUGAGAAAACAGUGAAAAAAGCUCUCAGAAACCUGGGAUUUAUUUCAAGAAUAACUAAAUCAUUUAAAAAUCCAAAAUCGUUGUUAAUAUUAUACAACUCUCUAGUUAGGAGCCACCUCGAGUUCGCAUCUAUAGUAUGGAACCCCUACUAUUAUAAAUACAUUGAACGAGUAGAGAGAGUUCAAAUGAAGUUUAUGAAUAUACUGUUUUUCAAGUUCAAGAGACCUCAAACUCACUUAUCAUACGAGAGUCGCUUACAACAUUUCAAUCUCAGCAAACUUUCCUCUUGGACUCGGAGAAUUGUAAGCUACGUUAUAUUUCUUUUCAAAAUUUUCAGCAACAGAGUAGACAGUCUUUAUGCUCAUGGUGCCAUACUAGCUGCUUUGAUAAAGAGGUCCAAAACUGGUAGAGGUCAGAAAAUCGAUUGCAACCUCCUCUCAACCCAAGUGGCCAGUCUGAUAAACAUCGGCUCCAACUACUUGAAUGCCGGGAUCGAAGCUAAGAGAUGGGGCACAGCUCACGGAAGCAUCGUUCCAUAUGAAUCAUUUCCUACCAAAGAUGGAUAUUUCACUCUGGGGACUGGUUCCGAUUUGCAGUAUAAAGAAUUCUGCGAGAAAAUAGGCCAUCCAGAGCUUGCAGAAGACAAAAAAUACUCCACUAAUAAACUUAGAGUGAAACACAGAGAUGAACUGUUAUCGUUUCUAAGGUCUGUCUUCAUUACAAAAUCCAACCAAGAGUGGAGCAAGAUAUUUGAUGGUUGUUCGUUCCCUUGUGGUCCAGUUAAUACGUUGACAGAGACAUUCAAUGAUCCACACAUUAGAGAUAUUGGUUUGGUGGAAAGUGUUGAACACCCUGUGGCAGGAAAAGUAAAGAUUGUUGGGCCUCCUGUGGUCUACAGUGAAGGAGGGAAUUUCGUAAGGAAGCCUUCUCCCACUCUAGGACAACAUACGAAUGAAAUUAUGACUGAAAUUUUGGGAUUUGACAAGAACACUAUUGAUGCUUUGAGGACUUUAAUUCUUCCAACACAUGUAGAUAAAUCACCAAAUCAAAUCAAAAAGGGUAGCCUCCAAGGUACGUUGGAUGAUGUUUCCCGUUGGUGCCAGAAGGAACAGAUGUCUGUCAACCCGAGCAAAACUGUUUCAGUACCCUUUACCAUUAAAAAGACCCUAGGUUGCUGUAUAUUCGAUAAACCUCGAGUUUUCGGUGAAAGUUCGGAUGAAUCAGAUGAUGAGUGUGACCACUGCCAAGGCCACGUAGAAAAAAAGAAUAAACCACCCUCCAGCUCGGACUCUGUCGACGGCGCAGGAUCUAGCCCGGUCAAGCCAGAUUCAAGUCAAACUGUCACUGUUGAUAAUUGAAAUUCCUUCAA